AGCAUGGCGUGUGAGGCGGCUAACAAUACAUCCGACUUCAAACCAAAACUGACUCUGCAAAGUCUACAGUUUUCUGUCUGGAGACACGGGUCAACAAUCAGAAUUGUAGAAGAAAAUUUAAUGCACAGGUAUUUUCAUCCCUGGGCUGAUUGUGCUGGAGGAAGCUGAGUGAAAUAGUGACGUGGAAACUGCAAAAAGAGAAGCAUUUGCAGAAGGCACGGAAAUAAGGAAAGAGAAUGUCUGUGAUCAGUGCUCUGCCUUUUCUCAAACCCGUUCAUCUCCGACCUCCACGAAGCUCUGCUGCACGCCAGCGCCGACACACUCUUCCUGCCAGCGAGUUCCGGUGCCUCACUCCGGAGGAUGCCAUUAGCGUGUUUGAAAUUGAGCGCGAAGCAUUUAUUUCGGUGUCGGGAGAUUGCCCCCUCCACUUAGAUGAGAUUCGCCACUUUCUGAACCUGUGUCCUGAGCUGUCACUUGGAUGGUUUGAAGAAGGACGGCUAGUGGCUUUCAUUAUUGGCUCCCUCUGGGAUCAGGACAGACUCAGCCAGGAUGCGCUGACCUUACACAAGCCACACGGCUCCACGGUUCACAUCCACGUUCUGGCAGUGCAUCGUACCUUCCGCCAGCAAGGCAAAGGCUUCAUCUUGAUGUGGCGAUACCUGCAGUACCUGUGCUGCCUGCCCUACGUGCGCCGGACCACACUGAUGUGCGAGGACUUCCUCAUCCCCUUUUACUCCAAGUGUGGCUUCAAGGAGCUAGGCCCCUGCGAGGUCACUGUGGGCUCGCUGAAUUUCAUUGAGAUGAACUAUGACAUUUGUGGCCAUGCCUUUAUGCGCAGAAACAGCGGCUGCUGAGAUCAUGCCUCCCCUUUCAAUUCAUCUCUGACUGUUGAACUAGCUGGCUGGGUUAGCCCAGUUUUCCAGUUAUUCCCACAACUUCAGCUGGGACCUACCAGUGGCUCAGAGGGUCCUGUGCAUGGGGAACCGAGUUUGUGUUUAUUGGGAUAAGAAUUUUCCUUAUCUGUGAUGGCAGGAAUUCCCAUGCAAACUAAAAGGUGUAACUGAAGGAUCCCACUCCUAGGAAGUUUGGGAAAAACUGCUACAUGCAGGUUAGUAGUCCCACAACUGAUAACACGUCCUAAACUUCUCCUAUUGUUCUUGCAGCCAUUUUUGCAAGGCAACAAAAUCCCUAAGGCACAGCCUUCCCUUUUAUAUCUACCCAGCUGCCUUUAAAACUGGUAGCUAAAGCAUGGCCCAGUUUUCCAUUCACUUGUGUCUUAUCUGGGAUUGUAACAUUGUAUAGCCAAAUGACAAAAGUCUGCCAUGCUCCAAGCAAUCUCUAGUCCCACAAUUGAUCUCCAGUCCAGCAACUGAAAUGAGAAGGUGGCAAAAUCAUGGCAGGUGGGUGAAGGCAGAACUACGAAGCUGAUUGUUAUCAAGGAGGAGUGCCCUGGUUUUCUGCAGAUGGUACAGGAGCAUUUCUGCAGGGCAGAAUUGGUGCUUUCACAGCAUUAUAAUGGAACCCACUGAGCAUCCACUUUAGUGGCAUUGGCUACGAUGAACUAUAUACCUGUACAGAAAAACCCUGUGCUUUAUGUUAACCUGCAUAAAAAGGCACUUGUUUAAAAAAAAGGAAGCUUUCAUUUUUUAAAGUGGUGAAUUCUUGCUUUCUUCUCUUAGUCCACCUUUUGGGAAAAGACAAUUAGGAAAAUCUUGCCCGAGAAGAAGUUGUUCACUAGUUCCUUCAUUUCUAGGGAUUAUUUUACUUAGGGAAAGAGUUGGUUUUCACAGCAACUUCUUGCUGUGGGUGGAGAAAUGCUUCCCAUGCUGACAUGUUAAAAUGCAUGGAAUCUGGGUUUGUAUGCUCUGUAAAUAUGUAAUGUGGUCUAUAAUCCAUUGACACAGCAAGACUCCUAAGUUCUUGUCCCAAAUCUAAAAGGUAAAAAUCAGGUUCCUGCCUACAGAAGGCAUUCCCCAUUUGUUGCUUUAUUUUAAGGUGCUCUAUUUUUCUCUUACUGGUUUCGAAAAGAGUUUUGCAAGUCCUGGCCAUCCUUGGUACUAGGGAGAGACCACUGUCAAAUUUGAGUCUCUGCAAGUUAAUCACAUAAUCAUUAAGUUUAAUGCACAUGCUUUGGCAUACAAUGACUCACUAUUAAGGCAAAGCUCCAAAAUUUUGUGGGCUCCCUUUGCUCUGGCUGGGAGACUGUGUGCUGACUACUGAAUUCAUCUGUGGUGGGAGAGGGGGAUAUAUUUAUGUGAAUGUGAUCCAGCUCGGCAAAGAGAACAGCACCAACUGCACGUUGGGGUCCUUUAACUAGCAUCUGUAUCUUCUUGCCUUUCCAUUUCUUUGGGUGCUUGGGGAGCAGGUUGAAAUUUCCCAAGCCUCCUGCCCCUUCAGAGCAGAGCAGAGCAGAGCAGAGCAGAGCAGAGCAGAGCAGAGCAGAGCAUGGGUGUUAAGGGCAAAGCCUGAUAUUUUACACAAUAGGCUUCGCAGCAGUGUUUGUGGUCUGCAGCAUGACAUACAGGAUGCCUCUGCAAUGAAAGAAUGGCAACCUACGAGAAUAAUUUCUUCUUUAAAAAAAGCAAAUAAAUCCAUGUAUUUACCAUAUCUACUCGAAAGUUGCAAUAAUAAACUGUCUAUUUUAAACAUCUUUAUUCAUGGUUGGAUGUAAGUGUGUGGGCAUCUUCUAGCUCUAGUUGAGCUACAUGUUACAACUGCAGUGGUAAUAAAAGCUGCAAGUUAGACGUACCUGAUAGCUUGCUGGCAAGGCUGUCUUUCCUUAUGCUACGAGAAGGUGUCUCUUCAUUUUAGUGACUUGGAAGCACUACCUUACAGUAAAAUCUCAAGUAUGUCCACUCUGCUUUAAGUCCUAUUGUAUUUCCUGUAAAGUGUCUAUAGAAUUUCAGCAAUAAUGUAUAAGCUCAUCCCAAGAUUACACUAACUGAAAUGCAAAUGUACAUGAUCUUUGUGUAUACGUGCAGGUAUGUAUAGCUCUUGCUACUGAAAAUGGGAAAGUACACAUUUCCCCAAACAGAACUGUCACUAUGCCAUUUUCUAUUUGCCAUGGCUUUUUGCCAAGUCAAUAAAUGUGUUUUUUCUUAUGAUUCUUUGCGUUUACUCCUCUUUC